AUGUCGCUUACUCUCACUAAGACCAUCCAAGUGUCUAAUGGCACACACGAUGAUGAUGAUUCGCUUGCCCUUACCAAGGUCAAGAACCGUGGAUCGAACAUAAACGGCGCGACGACCUUGGAGACUAGCAAGUACAGCAAUGAGACCGUGGGUGACUUUGGCUGGGGACCAUGGACUAUCAAAGAUGUUCUCAUUCCUCCCAAUGCCGGUCGUGGCCUUAUCAAGAAAUAUCAUCAACGCCGUACAUUGUAUCAGUACAUAGCGCUUUCCGUUGGAGGCCUGUGGACGUUUCAUAAUGUGCAAAACACCGCCUAUAGGGCAGCCGCUCUAGGACUGCUGUUUCCUGGUGCUGGGUUUACUGCUGUCGCCACGAUUCCAUCUGUGCUCACCUUCUUGGUCACCCUGGUGCUCAUUCCGGUGUCCAUCUUUGUUUGGUUUGCCAUGGGAGGCAUCUUCUUCCCUCUUGCUCUUUGGUUCGGCAGCAGUAUCGCGGCAGGCUUCAUGGCUGGUGACAAACUUUUCGACCAAUCCGCCGUGAUUUGGGCAGUCUUCUGCUACGGCGGCAUCAUGUGGCUUAUGAGCAAUGCUCGCUCACUCAAUGCAGCUGGGUACUCGAAGGCCCAAGAGCGCAACAAGUACCUUGUGAAAGCCGUGGAGGAACAGAUCGAGAACGGCACCCCUGCCCCCCCUCCCGGCUCCCGAGAGCUGUCCUUGGAUACUUUACGCCACGUGCAGCAUGUCAUUGAGCGUGGUCUGAGUGCUCGCGACGAUUUCAGCUACCACGACGUUAUUGACCAGUUUCAGACGGGUGCUGUUCGCUAUCAACUCUACGGCGUUGUUGACGUUUUGAGCCUGUACCAGUGCCACUACACUCCUGGAUUCCACGGUUAUCUGUCCAAGGCUUCGCAGAAUGCCAUUGAGAAGAGUUUGCAAAAGACCAUCAUGUCAUACUGGAAAUGGGAGUCUAUCUUUGGAAAGUUCACCCUGAGUGAUUUCGACCCCAUCAAGAAGGAUAAUAUCAUGGUUACUGGAUAUCUCAGCUCUGCCAUAGGUCUCUACGCUCAGGCAUCAGGCGACAGACGGUACAACGACAAGAAUGCGCUGGAAUUCGUCGUUGACGACGGAAAGCAUUACAAAACGAACUACGAGGGUCUUGCGGAUGCCCUUAACGAGAACAUGACGGAAAACCCAUACUGCCUCUACCCCUGUGAGCCAAACUGGACCUAUUCUCUGUGCAACCUUACUGGAAUGGCCGGUCUUGUUAUUUCCGAUCGGAUUCUUGGCCGCGACCUUGGCCAUAAGCUGAGGAACCGGUUUGAGAAGUCUCUCGAAGAGGAGUUUACAGAAUGCGAUGGAAGAAUCCUCCCUAUCCGCAGCGAAUUCACUGGUCUCACGCUCCCCGGUCUCUGUGGUACACUGACCGAUUGUAUCAACGCUAUGCUCCUCACCGCGUAUCUGCCUCAUCUUGCGCACCGUAAUUGGGCAAUCAUCCGCAAGGAGUUCAUCAAAUACGACAAGAACGGCCAACUCCAGGUCCUCAAUCUCAAGGGUGCGGACAAGAUGGACCCUGGAAGUUAUCGUGCGGGCGAGGGCCCCCUCCGAGCCUUCAUUGCUGGUGCUGCUGCCGAGUUUGGUGACGAAAAGAUCCGGAAGGAAGCACUGGACCAGCUUGACCAUGUCUACUUCCCUGUCGAGACUACCAAGACAGGCGCUCAGUACAACAAGGGCUUGUCUGCGACGUCGCAGCACAUUGCUCUGAUGGCCCGCUUAGUCCGGAACCGAGACUUGGCCAAUUCCACCCUCCAUGGGCCAAGCAAGGAGGCCCUUGAAGGACCUCUGCUGGAAGAAGCACCAUUCCCAGACGUUCUUGUUGCCAAGGCGUACAGCCACGACGGAAAUAAUCUUGACCUUGUCCUCUACAACGGAAAUGAGCCCGGUGUUUUUGAACUUGGCUUUGACAGGCUGCUCCCCCACCGCAAGUACAAUCUCAGUACUGGCGAUUUUAUCACUGCGGACAAGGCUGGAAGGGCAACUUACAAGGCAAAGAUCAAUGGACGUACCCAAAUCAUUCUUGCUCCGGUUGUUUAA